GUCCUCCUCCCUCAUCUCCUCCUCCAGUGGCUGGCUACAAACCAAGUAUCGCCGGACCGAACCAACUCAAACCAAUGCGCUGAGCAUCUCCCCGCCUCCCACACCAGCCAAUACCAUCCACCAGUACCAGUAGCCAGUCCGCCGGCGGCCACCAUGGGAGAAGCGGCGGCGACUGCGGUGGAGGAUAUCAAGAAGGGGACGGCGGUGGUGGUGCCGGCGCCGCGGCCGAGCAAGGGGGUGGCUUCCUGGGCGGUGGACCUGCUGGAGCGCCUCGUCGUCCGCCUCGGCCACGACAAGACCAAGCCGCUCCACUGGCUCUCCGGCAACUUCGCCCCCGUCCAGGACGAGACCCCGCCCGCCGCAGGACUCCCCGUCCGCGGACACCUCCCGGAGUGCUUGAACGGAGAGUUUGUCAGGGUGGGGCCUAACCCAAAGUUUGUCCCCGUGGCUGGAUAUCAUUGGUUUGAUGGAGACGGAAUGAUCCAUGCAAUGCGUAUUAAAGAUGGGAAAGCUACAUAUGUAUCAAGAUACGUGAAGACUUCUCGCCUCAAGCAAGAAGAGUAUUUUGGUGGAGCAAAGUUUAUGAAGAUUGGAGAUCUAAAGGGCUUUUUUGGAUUGUUUAUGGUCCAAAUGCAAGAGCUUAGGAAAAAACUUAAAGUAUUGGAUGCUACUUAUGGAAUUGGAACAGCUAAUACUGCAUUUGUAUAUCAUCAUGGCAAACUCAUGGCCCUGUCAGAAGCAGAUAAACCCUACGUUGUUAAGGUCCUUGAAGAUGGAGACCUGCAAACUCUUGGGUUGUUAGAUUAUGACAAAAGAUUGAAACAUUCGUUCACUGCUCACCCAAAGGUUGAUCCAUUUACAGAUGAAAUGUUCACCUUUGGGUACUCACAUGAACCUCCUUAUUGUACAUACCGGGUCAUCACCAAAGAUGGAGUCAUGCUUGAUCCUGUGCCAAUAACAAUACCGGAAUCUGUAAUGAUGCAUGACUUUGCCAUCACAGAGAAUUAUUCCAUAUUCAUGGACCUCCCUUUGAUGUUUCGACCAAAGGAAAUGGUGAAGAAUGGUGAAUUUAUCUACAAGUUUGAUGCUACAAAGAAAGCUCGUUUCGGUAUACUCCAACGCUAUGAAAAGGAUGAAAAAAGUAUCAGAUGGUUUGAACUCCCGAAUUGCUUCAUAUUCCACAAUGCUAAUGCUUGGGAAGAGGGUGAUGAGGUUGUUCUCAUUACCUGCCGCGUUGAGAACCCAGAUUUGGACAAGGUGAACGGUGAACAGAACGAGAAGCUUGAGAACUUUGGGAAUGAGCUUUAUGAGAUGAGAUUCAACAUGAAAACCGGUGCUGCUUCACAGAAACAACUCUCUGUUUCCGCCGUAGACUUUCCUCGAAUUAAUGAAAGUUAUACUGGCAGGAAGCAGCGCUAUGUGUACUGCACGAUCCUUGACAGCAUAGCGAAGGUGACUGCUGUCAUAAAGUUUGACCUUCAUGCCGAGCCAGACAGCAGCAAGAAGCAGCUUGAGGUGGGAGGCAACGUGAGAGGCAUAUACGACCUGGGUCCUGGGAGGUUCGGUUCGGAGGCGGUGUUCGUUCCCAAGGUGCCGGGUGUGUCUGGUGAAGAAGAUGAUGGGUACCUGAUACUUUUUGUGCAUGAUGAGAACACAGGGAAAUCUGAAGUACAUGUGAUUGACGCCAAGACAAUGUCUGCUGAUCCGGUGGCAGUUGUCGAGCUGCCGACCCGGGUUCCUUAUGGGUUCCACGCCUUCUUCGUCAACGAGGAACAACUGGGACUACAGGAUGUGUAGUUCUAUACUUCUAUCUACACGGCUGAAGAACUAUAAAAAUAAAGUACAUAUAGACUGAUAUAUAGGAGGUAAUUAGCAAUACCCUCGAUUAUUUGUACAAUGAAUUUAUGGAUACUACAUACUAUAUAGAACGAGCUACAGGCUUGAAGUGAAAUCAUACAGGAUUGUGAUGAUAUUAAGAGAUUA